CCUUCAAUUGAAAUCACCUUUAUUUGUAUAGCGCUUUUACAAUGUAGAUUGUGUCAAAGCAGCUUCACAUAAAAGAUCAUAGUAAAUAGAAACAGUGUCAGUUCAAUUUUCAGAGUUCUUCCGAACGUCGUCCUAAAUACUGGAGUAUUCCCAUCAGUCUACAAGUGAAGACGAGCAUCAGACCAUCAGGAAGAAGAGAAAUCUGCAAAGACAGAGUUUAUUGAAGGACAGUGAGAAGAUGAGUGAUCCAGAACCCUGCAGAAUUAAACAGGAAGAGACUGAAGAACUCAUAGGUGUGAUGGUGAAGGAGGAGAGUGAAGAACUGAGUGAAGAUGAGGAGAAACAUCAUGUCAAAAGUGAAGAAGAAACUCAAUCAGAGACUGAAGAUAGUAUUUUAAUGGAAACAACAGCUGUUGAAGAUUUGACCUGCACUCAGUGUGGAAAGAGUUUCAAGAACAAACACACUCUGAAGAGUCAUAUGAAGACUCACACUGGAGAGAAACCGUACAAGUGUUCACACUGCGACAAGACAUUUGGUAGGUCAGAAUGCAGGAAAGUACAUGAGAGGACUCACACUGGAGAGAGACCGUACACAUGUACUGAAUGUUGGAAGAGUUUUACCCAAUUAGCGAACCUUAAUGCACACAUGCUGGUCCACACUGGAGAGAAAACCUUCACGUGUACUCAGUGUUGGAAGAGUUUUACACUAUUAGCAAACCUUAAUCAACACAUGAAGAUCCACACUGGAGAGAAACCACACACAUGUGAUCAAUGCGGCAAAACAUUCUUGAGGUCUUCACAGCUGAAGAUCCAUCUUAGUGUUCAUACAAACGAGAAGCCUUAUUCCUGCUCUGAGUGCGGAAAGAGUUUUAUUAGAGCUGGAGACUUGAACCGACAUCAGAUGAUCCACACUGGUGUGAAAAAGCAUGCCUGCAUAGAGUGUGAGCAGACUUUUAUUAGAGUUGGACACUUGAAAAGACACCAGGUUGUACACAGUGGAGAGAAGCCGUACAAGUGUUCACACUGCGACAAGAGAUUCGCUAGGUCAGAAUACCGGAACGCACAUGAGAGGAUUCACACUGGAGAGAGACCGUACAAGUGUUCACACUGCGACAAGAGUUUUGCUAGGUCAGAAUGCCGGAAAGUACAUGAGAAGAUCCACACUGGAGAGAAAACACACAAAUGUGAUCACUGUAGUAAAACAUUCUUGAGGUCUUCAGAGGUGAAGAGCCAUCUUAGAGUUCAUGCAGUGGAGAGGCCUUAGUCGAGUUAUCGGUUGGUAAAGAUGUUUACACACCAACAAAAUUUACCUCCCAGAAAACUCCAUUCUGUUUUCACCAACAUCAGAUUUGAUAGUUUAGCAUAUGUACAUAUUUUCCUGCACAUGUCUAUUUUUAAGGAGUCAAAUGCUCCUGCAUUGAUUUCUACAUUUCCUGAAAUGUCCAGGAUUUAGCGUUUGCUUUCUACAGUCGUCAUUAGUUUAAUGAUUAUUUUAUACCUUUCUCUUUAAGCCUGAUUUCUACGAGUUGUAGAGGCUUUUCUAUGUGACGCGCUCGCCUUUGUACUAUUAUUUCCAACAACAGUUCUGUCAUGAUGAAACAGUGGUGAAGAAGAGAUCAGCAUGUGAAGUUGCUGAAUGAAUGAAUUUAAUUGUAUAUUAAAAACAUGAGGAGUUUGUGGAUACAUUUAGAGGACACUCCUGAAAAUGUUUGUCACGCCACCAUUACUCAAUCAUGUGUGUAAGAGCUGCACGAUAUUGGAAAAAACUGACAUUGUAAUAUUCUGUAUUUCUGCGAUAUGUUUUGGGAUGUGAGUUAAACAUCUCUAUUUAGGAAGAGUUCUUCAUUUGUCAUUGAUAAGGAGUGCAUCUGCAUAACAUACAAACAAAUCACAAACAUAAAUUAACACUAGAGCAAAGAUACUAAUGAAAUAAACAGUUAUUAAGUGUUUUCUGGAGAGUAUUGAGGUACAGAAAUGUAAUAGUGUUUGAGCGUUUAUGGGUGUUUCCCAUGACUGGGUUGCAGCUGGAAGGGCGUCCGCUGUGUUAAACAUAUGCUGGAAGACUUGGUGGUUAAUUCCACUGUGGUGACCCCUGAUGAAUAAAGGAACUAAGCCGAAGGAAAACUAAUAAAUGAAUUCAA